AUGGAUGAAGUACAAUCGAUGACAGUAUUAGUGACUGGUGGUACAGGCCUUGUAGGACGAUCCAUUGAAAAGGUAAUAACAACUGAAGAAGCACGUCCAAAUGAAAAAUGGAUUUUUAUUGGCCGAAAAGAUUGCGAUUUAACGGAUUCCGAAGCUACAAAAAAACUAUUCAAGAAGCAUAGACCUUCUCAUGUAGUUCAUUUAGCUGCUAUGGUUGGAGGUCUUUUCCACAAUCUUCAUUGCAAUUUGCAAUUCUUCAGGAAAAACAUGCAAAUCAAUGAUAAUGUACUGAUGGCAUGCAAUGAAUUCGAUGUUGUAAAGUGUAUAUCAUGUCUUUCAACGUGUGUCUUUCCGGACAAAACUGCAUAUCCAAUUGAUGAGACUAUGGUUCAUAACGGUCCUCCUCAUGACAGCAAUUUUGGUUAUUCAUAUGCGAAAAGGAUGAUUGAUGUGCUUAAUAGAGGAUAUGCUCAGGAAUUCGGUCGGAAAUAUACAUCUGUAAUACCAUGUAAUGUGUUUGGACCACAUGAUAACUACAAUUUGAAAGAUGGACACGUCAUUCCGGCCUUAAUUCAUAAAACUUACAUUGCGAAACAUGAAGGAAUUCCCUUAGAGGUCUUUGGGAGUGGAACACCUCUGCGUCAAUUUAUUUACUCGCUAGAUUUGGCUCGACUCUUCGUUUGGGUCGUACGAUCUUACGAGGAAAUUGAUCCAAUUAUAUUAUCAGUAGGAGAGGAAGAUGAAGUAUCAAUUAUGGAUGCUGUUCACUCUAUUGUCAAAGCUUUCGAUUUCAAAGGUGAAAUCGUACAAGACAAAACAAAAGCUGAUGGACAAUACAAGAAGACUGCAUCGAAUGCCAAAUUACGCAAAUAUUUACCAAAUUUCAAGUUUACACCAUUUGAAAUAGCAAUCAAAGAAUCUGUUGAUUGGUUUAUCGCCAAUUAUGAUAGUGCACGCAAAUAA